CCCUAAUGACAUUGAAUCAGUUUGAGCCUCGCAAAUUUACCAUUUCUCUCUCCAUUUCCUUACCUCUCUCUCGUCUUCUUCAUCAAUUCUGACCAAUUGUUUUCUCCGGGAAGCGGAAUCUCUAUCUGAAGUUUGAAUCGAUUCUCUGUCAUCGGUAAAUCUAUUUGGUUUAAAGAGAAUGUCUCCAACAAGGUCUAAGUCAAAGAAGGCUGGCAAGGAGUUGCAAAAGAGUAAUUCCAAAACUUCUGGAAUUGCGAAUGUUGUAAAUGAACAUGCUAAUGGAUACAGUCCUCUUUUAGGGAAGUUUGAUACCCUUGAUAAUAGAGCAUUAGCUUCGAAUGCCAAUUCAAAUGGUCGAUUUCAUGACCUUGAUGAAACAGAUGAUCAAACUGUGAAUGUGGUCGUAACUGGCCAGGAGUACGAUUCGGUUUCAAAUAAUGACAGUUGGUCUGGUGAAUCUGAAGAUACUAAUAAAGAGAAAGCAGCCCAUCCAGCUGCCCAUCAAGACUUGAUACCAGGUGCUGAUAAUGACAAGAGGGAAAAGAUUCGUCAAAAGAACGAAAAGAAACAUCAACGUCAAAAAGAGAAACGAGCACAGGAGCUGCACGAGCGUUGCAGUGGCUUCCUCAUGUCCAGAAAGCUGGAUGCUCUAUCGCAACAGCUAGUUGCGAUGGGGUUUUCCUCAGAGAAGGCAACAAUGUCUCUAAUUUUGAAUGAAGGUAAAAUAGAAGAAUCAGUAGCAUGGCUGUUGGAAGCUGUUGAAGAAUCAGAUAAUAAGCACGUUCAGAAUAACCCCGAUCGUAGUAACUUGAAGAUCGACAUAUCGGAAGAGCUAGCUCGAAUCGCCACUAUGGGUGGCAAGUAUAACUGCUCAAAGCAAGAAGUUGAAAGAGCAGUUGUCGCCUGUGAAGGUGAUCUCGAUAAAGCUGCUGAAACGUUGAAAGUACAAAAACGAGACUCGCCUCAACCUACCACAACCGUUGUUCCUCCGCCAAAUCAGACAACAGCUCAACAGAGGCAACCUAGUUUAUCAAACGACACACAACCCAGAAGAGAGGAAAAAGAUUUCAACUAUACCAAAUCUACUGAUUUAGGAAACAAAACUUUUGUCCAGCCCAAAUCAGAAAGAGUGAUCAUGAAAUCCACGACGACUCCAACCGUUUUGAAAUCUGAAACGGAACUGAACAACAUUAAGCUUGGAUCGAUAAAAGAACCUGUUGUGGUUAUGCAACGUCCCCCUCAAGCAAGCAAUUUGAAGCAGGUUUUAAAUCCCAAUAUAAACUAUUCUUCCAACUGGCUCCAAAACGAGACGAAGAUGAAUGCAAGAAGCCUGAAUCAUGGCGAUCAAGGGUAUAAUCAGAUGUAUAACCAUCAUCUCCAAUAUCAACAACAGCAUCAGUCAUUAAUGUCGGCUGAUCCACGAAACGGUGGCUCGUGGAAUCGGAUCAGUACAUCUCCAUUGCUGGCAGCUGCUUCAUCUCUCGGUCUUUUUUGUAGAUCGAGCUCAAAAGCUUCUUCCGGAUCUUCUCCUCCAGUUGACUGGAAUGCUUGCGGUUCAAUGUUCGAUCUUGAUUAUAAUAAUAUAGACUGGAGUUUGGAUCAGAACUCGACUAGGUCAAAGUUUUCGGGUGGUGGUGUUGGCGGCGUUGGUGGGAUGUGGCAGAGUCAUAAUGGUAAUAAUAAUAACAAUUCUUCUUCUGGGUAUGAUUUGUAUGAGCAACCUGCGCCAGGGUUGGGCAGUCGGUUUGCGACGAGGCCAGGUUUGGGUCGUGGAAAUAUUGUUGUUGGUGCAGAAAUGGGAUCGGCUGGGGGUUCGCGAGAGUGGUCAUCUCCUUUCGAGGAGAUGGAUCUCUUUAGUAUACCCAGACAGUUUGUUUCUUCUUCACCUUGUAAAAGGUAAACUUUGUUUGUGAGAGUCCGUCUAUUGAAUAAAAUGGGAAAAAUAUCUGUUUUGAAAAUCACAGGUUUUAUUGCCCUUUCUUUUUUCCUUAUUGAUUGUUGCAAAUGGUAAUCCUCAUUAAUCUUGAUUUUAUAGUUCUGUUUGGAAACA